AAGACUUACUAUUCGAGAUCCUCGUAUGAUGCCGAUGGCUGUAAGAUAGUUAAUGCGAAUAUGUGCAUUAUUUGGACGUGAAAGACCUAGCUGUCUAGGCCUUCCGCCGAAAUGGGUUGCACUUUGAGUGCAGAAGAUAGGGCAGCCCUUGCACGGAGCAGAGCCAUCGAUAAAAACUUGAAAGCGGAGAGUGUUCGCGCUGAAAGAGAAGUCAAGUUGUUGUUACUUGGUGCAGGAGAAUCGGGGAAAAGCACCAUAGUAAAGCAAAUGAAAAUCAUCCAUGAUCAUGGUUUUACAGCAGAGGACUACAGUCAAUAUAAGCCCCUGGUUUUUAGUAAUGCGAUCUACUCUCUGCUAAAAAUCAUUCGAGCGAUGGACAAACUGCGGAUAGACUUCGAAACAGACGAGAGACUAAUGGACGCCAAAAUGGUGUUCGAUGUGGUGGCCAGGGCGGACGAUCAGGAACCGUUCACGCCCGAGUUAACAGCAGCAAUGAAGCGGUUGUGGCAAGACGGAGGAAUAAAACAGUGUUUCCGGAGAUCUAGAGAAUAUCAACUGAACGACUCUGCGAGAUAUUAUUUAGAUGCAAUAGAAAGAAUUGGUGCAGAAAAUUAUGAACCCACAGCACAGGAUCUCUUACGGACAAGGGUGAAAACCACAGGCAUUGUUGAAAUCCAGUUUGAUUUCAAGAGGCUGCAUUUCAAAUUGUUUGAUGUAGGAGGGCAGAGAUCUGAGCGUAAAAAAUGGAUUCAUUGCUUUGAAGAUGUUACAGCUAUAAUAUACUGUGUCGCAUUGAGUGCAUACGACUUGACACUGCAAGAAGAUGAAACUACAAACCGAAUGGAAGAGAGUUUAAAACUGUUUGAGUCAAUAGUGAACAACAGAUGGUUCGUCGAAACUUCAGUUAUACUCUUCCUUAACAAAAAGGAUUUAUUUGAAGAAAAAAUAAUUACUUCUCCACUCACAAUAUGUUUUCCAGAUUAUUCAGGGCCAAACACAUAUGAAGCUGGCUGCCUCUACAUUAGGAAACAAUUUGAGGCCAAAAACUUGAACGAUGAAAAAGAAAUAUAUGUUCAUCUAACAUGUGCGACAGACACGGACAAUAUCACUUUUGUAUUUAAUGCAGUUACUGAUACAAUUAUUGCAAAUAACCUCAAAGGGUGUGGAUUAUACUAAACUGAUUAGUGUGGCGGUCAACUUCUUAAGAAUCAUGGCUACGGGAAAUACGUCGAAUGCUGGGACUCAGAAAGGAACAAUCAUUGUGUGAAUAUUGCAAAGAUGGUGGUAACUGCUGUGACAAGAGGAACUCAUAUUACACUUGAAAGAGAAUAACCUUCUUUAAAAAGAAUAAAGCAUUCACAAGACAACAGGAAAACAGUCGUGUUCCAACCUAGAAGACAACAAGCAUCUCGCAGGAUGAGAACUACUUUUGCAUCUGGAUUUUAAAAUUAUCUGCAAGUUCGUAUACAGUAGACUUCUACUUCUAUGAUAAUCUACGGUUCGUUUGUGAGAUGAAGUCAAAAACCCUCUUCCAACUGCGUCUCGUUACCGUACACACAAUGAAAAAAAAAUGACAAAAGAUAUGAAUUUUUUUUUUAUUUUUGAUUGAAAUUUUUAUUCAUGCCACAGUGCAUGCUGUAAAUUAAACAAAAAGUGCUUGACCACCUGCUUUUUAAACCCAUCCCCAAGAUCAAUGUAUUUCCAUUCUGGUUGGUGUUUGAUUUGGCUAAAGGCCUGACAAAAGUGGAAUAUUGAGAAUGAAAGUCAUCUAUGUAGGAUACAACAAUAGUUAUUACCACUAUAAUUAUUAUUAUCAUAGCUUGCACAUUUAACUUUGGUACCACUAAUUCAUUUUGGAACACAAUUUUGAGGCUCCCAUGAGAGUAAUAUAGACUGGAAAAAUAGAGAUUGUAUAGUACUCAAGUUGUCUUUGUGGUACCUUAACAUUCGUCUAAAUUAUGCUUUUUGCCUAUAAAAAGCAAUUACAUUGAUUUAUGUUCGUUGACUGUUGUUAAAGACUAGCCCAGGGACAAAAUGAGCUGCAACAGUACUGGGUGAAGAAAAUGUUCCAUGACAUUUCUUAAAUUAGCACCACAAGUCUACCAACUAUGGCAAUCAAAUUAAGUGAGUUAAACUCAGGAAGUAAUUUGGCAAGAAAUUUCAAAUUGUUUGACUACUUUGUAAGAUUGAUUUUAAAUAGCCAGCAUAUUACUGCCUUUGAAUUGUACGACACAUUGUCCAAUAACCAAUUAUCUAACAAUUAACUAGGUGUAAGAAACUCAUUUGUGGAAUAUUAGAAGAAAUUGAAACAUUUUAUAGCA